GUUUCUGCAGUAGAAGAUGUUGUGGGUGACGGCACCGAAGUAGUACCUGUCGUUGUAGAUGGGGUUGUAGACGAUGUCGAUGUUAGUAUAGAAGUAGGACUUGUUGAAGAGGUGGAAGUUGUCGUGGUUUCUGCACUAGACGAUGUACUGGGUGACGGCGCCGAAGUUGUUCCCGUCGUUGUGGAUGGAUUUGUAGACGAGGUCGAUGUUGUUAUGGAAGUACGACUUGUUGAAGAUGCAGUUGUAGUAGUAGUUUCUGCAGCAGAAGAUGUUGUGGGUGACGGCGCCGAAGUUGUUCCCGUCGUUGUGGAUGGAUUUGUAGACGAGGUCGAUGUUGUUAUGGAAGUAGGACUUGUUGGAGAUGCAGUUGUGGUAGCAAUUGAGUUCGAAGUGCUGUUUGCUAUGCCUAAUGUCGGCGGUGAAUCACGAUAUCUGGCUCGGUGCCAUUCAUGUGGUACAUCUUGGCUAUGUAUUGUUCUGUCCGUCGUUUUUUCGUCCAACUUCUCCAAUUUAGUUGCUUUGUUGGCUGAGUCUGGAAUUCUGACAUAA